AUGAUUAAAUGGAUAAUAUUUAAUAUACUGCUAUUGAUUGCUACGGUUUCCGCUGAUAGUUUCUCAUCCCUUGCAUCAUUAAAGGAAUUAAUUGGAGCUGAGAGGGAUAUUCCGGUAAUGAUUAAUGGCUACGUGAAAAAAGAAUUAGAAAGACUUGAUUAUCUAAAAAAGUUUGCUGAAGAAGUACAAGAACAUAAUAAUAAAGCUAUACAGGAUGGUGCAGAAGCAAUAAAACAUCCGAUCAAUGCCUUUUUGUUAAUUAAAGAAAUGACAAUGGAUUGGAACAAAGUAAUAAAAAUUAUGCGAUCCAAUUCUGCCGAUGAUUUCAUCCGCAAUUUAACUCGUCAACGGAUUGAUAAGCGUAUCAAUUAUCCGACAGAAGUAGAUCUGGCAGGCGUAGUAAAUGGUCUAUUACGUUUACAAGAUACAUAUCAAAUGGAUACCAAAGAUAUUGCUGAAGGAAAAAUUUUAAAUUCUAAGAUGCGAACAGUUGCUUUGACUGCUGAAGAUUGUUUUGAAAUUGGUCGUGCAGCAUACAAUGAACAUGACUAUUAUCAUACCAUUCUAUGGAUGCAAGAAGCGCAGAAACGUGUUCAGAAUGAGACUAAGCCAACGGUGGAUUCCAAUGAUAUUCUUGAAUACUUGGCCUACUCACUCUACAAACAGGGUAAUCUGAAACGAGCCUUAUUACUUACGGAUGAAUUAUAUCGCAGAAAUCCGGACCAUCCACGAGCCAGAAAUAACGUGAGAUGGUAUGAAGAUUUACUGGAAUAUGAGGGAGUUCGACCUAUUGAUAUGCGACGAAAAGUUCCACUGAUAAAUAAUCCACGUGAUAAAAAUGCGGUGGACAGCUACGUAUUCCGUACAUACGAAGCAUUAUGUCGACAUGAAAUACCCAUCGAUAUUAAGAUACAAUCGCGAUUUUAUUGCUACUAUAAAAUGGAUCAUCCAUAUUUACGUUUGGCACCGUUUAAAGUAGAAAUUGUUCAUCAAAACCCGUUAGCUGUACUGUUUCAUGACAUUAUAUCGGAUGAGGAAUCACAAAUUAUCGAAACACUUGCAAUACCUAAGUUACAUCGAGCUACAAUUCAUAAUGCUGCAACUGAAAACCUUGAGACAGCUUCCUAUCGUAUUAGCAAAAGUAGUUGGUUGAAAUCAUCAGAACAUGAAGUUGUUGAACGCAUCGAUAAACGUCUUGGUUUGGCAACAAAUCUCUAUGUAGAAAGUGCAGAGGAACUUCAGGUGCAGAAUUAUGGAAUCGGUGGACAUUAUGAACCUCAUUUAGAUUGUUCAAAGAUAAGUGCUAUUUUCUGCAAAUUGGGAACUGGAAAUCGAAUUGCCACAGCUUUGAUUUAUAUGAGUGAACCGGAAAUCGGUGGUAGAACAGUAUUUAUCGAUACGAGAAGAUCAGUUCCAUGCACUAAGAAUGCAGCACUGUUUUGGUAUAAUUUGAUGCGUAGCGGUGCAGUAGAUAUGCGCUCUUUACAUGCUGCAUGUCCGGUAUUAACUGGGAUCAAAUGGACAGCGAAUAAAUGGUUUCACGAAAAAGGACAAGAAUGGCGUCGACCAUGUGGUUUGCAUAAAUCAGAUCAGGAGCGAUACGUUGGUGAUUUAGGAGCUCCUGAGCCGAAAUAUCACUUGAAUAUCCGAUCAAAAGCUAAAAAGUCGAAGAGAAUGAGCAAAAAACGAUAA